UUUCUGCAUUUCUGAUUCCGAUUUCUGAUUUCAAGCAAAAGACCCGAAACCUGCACAUCAAUGCACCUUUAAUUUGGUUUGCCAACCGCCAUUUUAACAACAGAAGAAGUCUUCUUCUGAAGAAGAAGAAGAAGAAGAAGAAGAAGAAGAAGAAGCAGUCAGCAGAAAAUCCUAUGCAGAAAAAUGCACAUCACGGAAGUCAGUGACGUCACAUGAGCUUGAGAGCGAUUUGGAGGCGUGGACAACAAACGUAUUUUUUGGCGGACAACCCAGUCGCAAAUCUCAUAGCGCGCAGAAUUUUUUUUGAAUUGGUAAACAACACACCGCGACAUGGCGCUCAUCUGCAAAAAUAGAGCACAUCGUCUGACCGGCUAACCGGCCUGCUAACACACUCGGAUAAACAAAGACUGGCAAGCAUGCAGUUACAUUUAUCCUUUUUUAUGACUUGUGCCUGCAUAAGCAAAGUGAAACUUAGAUGCGAUGCUGCUAGUCCUUUAACUUACUGCUAACGCUGCUUGCUUAAGCUGUCCGUAACACUGUUACAUUACUAACACUUCCCAGCGCAUAUUGAAUAUUGUGUGUUUACAUUUAUGACAGCGCUGCUGGAAGUGACGCUUUUUAAACGCCAACAAAACCAGUGCUGCUGAAAUACGGCUUUUGAAGAAAAUCCCUUUAGGAAAAAGCAGUAGGUAACGUUACCGCCUGAGCUCAUCACAAAAGCAAAAAAAUGAACGGAAAAGUCCUACCGGACACUCCCAUAGCCGUAGACUGUUGGCAGCUCCGUAAGUGCCAUCACGUCCGACUGUUUUUUCUGUCUCACAUGCACGCGGAUCACACCUCUGGCCUGUCAUCCUCCUGGAGUCACAGGCCCAUCUACUGCUCACCCCUCACCGCCAAACUGCUCCAUCUCAAACUGCAGGUCAGACAGAAAUGGAUUCGUCCUUUGGAGAUUGGGGAAGCUCACAUGCUGUUGCUAGAUGAUCUUGGAAAAGAGCGGCUGACCGUUACUCUAAUAGAUGCCAAUCACUGUCCUGGGGCAGUUAUGUUCCUCUUCGAGGGAUACUUUGGCACCAGACUCUACACUGGUGACUUCCGUUAUACCCCAUCCAUGCUCCGUGAGGAUUGUCUGAGGAACAAAACUACCAUUGACGUGCUGUAUCUGGACAACACAAACUGUGACCCCACUCGAGCUGUACCUUCUCGACAGCGAGCCACUCAGCAAAUUAAAGAGAUCAUUAGGGCUCAUUCUGGAUACGCCGUCGUUAUUGGUCUUUACUCUCUGGGUAAAGAGUCCUUGUUGGUGGAGCUGGCUUUGGAGUUUAAAACAUGGGUGGAGGUGGAUAGAGAGCGUUUGGAAACCUUGCGAUUUCUGGAGCUUCCUGACGUUUUCACCACUGACUCUGGUGCGGGCCGUAUUCGGGUGGUCUCUCAGUCUGUGAUCAACGCCUCCAACUUGCUGGCAUGGAAUAAAGUGCAGCCUACCAUUGCUAUAUUGCCCACAAGUCGCCCUAUGGUCUCCUGCCACCCUAAUGUCUAUGUGGUGCCAUACUCCGAUCAUUCCUCCUACCAGGAGCUAGAGGACUUUGUGUCUGCCCUGCAUCCUGUCUCACUAGUGCCUAUAGUGGGCAACUGCCUGCCUUAUUUUUCUUCCCUUCUGAGGCCCCGCAAGAAGUCUAAAGAGGUGGUGAUUCCAGAGUCGGUCAAGCACUACAUGAUGAACAAUUCUAAUAUUCAGGCCUCCACAAACGGCAUACCAGGCGUGCUUCAAAGAACCUCACGUCCCGAGUUUCGAGGGGUGGUGUUUGACUCUCCAGAGUCAAAAAUAGCCCGUCUUAGUCACAAUGACGGGGAUUCAGAUGAUGCGGAUGGAGAUCAUGAUACUUUGAAUGGGAAUUCUAAGAUGGAUCAAGAUUCUGACUGCAUUCUUCUAGACAUGAGCACCGACUCUUACCGUGGCCCACGCGGCAAGGGUUUGAAACUCGUCCGAGUUGCAUCGGAAGAUGUCGUCACGAUUGGCAGCAGCCUUCCUCCGGAUGACAACGAAUCCAUUUGUACACUUAAAGAUGUAGGAUCACCUGAUCACAGCUCCAUGUAUGAAUGUGAGCAUGAAAGUCCAACAAAAUCAUCCAAGAAGAAGAGUCCUCAAAUGGGCAGCACCAACUCUAGAGAGAUGUGCUCUUCGAUGGACAGCAUCAGCAUCCAUGAUCAGACCUGUGUUUCCUCUGCGGCUGCGCUCACACCCCAUGAAACAAGCCCGGCGGCCUCUGCCUUGACCCUCAGAUUAGAGCGAGAGCAGUGGCUCCUUCAGAACUUCACCAUACCUGCUGAAGAAUGCAAAAGUGACCACGUGUUGUGUGGACUUAAUGAAAUGUAUCGCAUUAAUCAGGUUGAUCUUCCUAAACCACCAGGUGAUCCUCUUGAAGCGGCUAUAAAGGAGAUUCAAAAGUCUAAAUAAAGCAGUUUGUGAUUGCGAUAAGCACUUAUGUUUAUGUAAAUGUUUAAUAAUUAUGUAUCAGUGACAACAGUAUUGUCCCCAAGUCAUUUGUGUAGUGCCAAAAACUGUUGAUGGCAUCAAUCUGAUGGUAUUAUUUUCAAUUCUAAUGUUUGACACAUCACACCAACAUGUUUUCAAAUGUAGCAUUUACAAAGCACCUUAUUGUGACAUUUGUUUUUAGUUUGAAAUAAAUGUCCUCAUUAAAAGUGAUCUUUGUCAAAA